UCUCCCCCGGCGAUAUUCACCAUGUCCGGACCAUUGCACGGCUGAAAAGCAUUCAUCAGGGAGUGAUUUGUUUAGGGGAUAUGAGACAAAGCCAUUCCAAGGCUUCCUUUCCUUAUUACUGUCUAGAUAUUUGAAGAACCCAUCCGUCACUGACACCUCUGCACUCGGAUUUGCCAACUCAAGCGACCUGGAUGCAAAAUGGAAAUAAGGCCGCUCCCUGGUCAUCUACUAUUGCACGGAGACGGAGUCCACAGUUAGCAAACCAAACCAAUGACUGACAUUGAUAAGUUAUGAUUCAUCCUGAAUUUCAGUAACUGCACUGGUUUUGUGCUGUGAAACGUUUUCCUGACUGAUGGAGACUAGCACGACUGCUUCUCUAUAUGUUUACAAUCAAGUCAGCUAGCUUGCUAACAUGGAGACAUUGGUAGGAAGUAACAUUAUCUUACUUAAUAGUCCAAUGACAGCUAGCGAGCUAACCGAGUCAUCAUGGUAACGACUAGUUAAUUACAUCGUGUCGUUGUUUAGCUAGUGUGUAUCAACACUGUUUACAGUUUACAUUUUGAAAAAAAUCCUUGCUGGUUUCUUGUUAUACACCAGUGACCAUAGCUACUUUUAGCUAGAUAGCUGUUUACAUUUUUGCUUCUUCUUGUGCUCCACUUGCAGCCUACAACUACACGUUGUCAAGGUACUUCCCCCCUCACAUGUCGUUACCUGCUGGCAAUUAUAUAUUAUUGUAUUUAAUAAAUUUCCAUUAAGACACAUUGAUGUCUGCCUUUUGCUCUGGUAGCACAGAAGGCUAGCUAGCAGCAUAGCUUCGUAGUAACCUAGCUGGAGCAUCCCCGUAGUCCAAGAGCUCAUAGUUCCCUCUCCAAGCUUUCGUGCCUGGAUAGAAAGGUGGGUGGUGAUAGCACUAUAUUUUACCAACCGUUGACUUGGCGACCUGAACGAGGAAUCCGUGUUAUCUCGCUCUUAAACAUAAGUCAUACUGGACAUUAUUACACCUGCUAUUGAACAAUGGCACAGGAAUCAUUUCCAUUGCAUUAUUUGGUGUGGAACAAUCAGUACCAAGAGCUGGACAGCGAGCUGCAGAGUGAACAGCGAGAUUUGGAACGGCUGGACCCACGCGGCCGUACUCCGCUCGAGCUCGCCAUAUGCCUGGGACACCUCGAAUCAACGCGCGUACUGCUCAGACACCAUGCGGACGCCACGCACUGUAACGCAAACAACUGGACAGUGUUGCAGGAGGCAGUCAGCACCGGUGACCCUGAACUAGUGCAGUUGGUCCUCCAGUUCAGAGACUUCAAAAGGGCCACAGAGAGGCUGGCUGGGAUACCUGAACUACUGAGCAAACUGCGACAAGCCAGAGAUUUCUAUGUCGAGAUGAAGUGGGAGUUCACCAGUUGGGUUCCUUUGGUGUCGAAGGUGUGUCCUAGUGAUGUGUACCGUGUUUGGAAGAGUGGCUCAUGUCUGCGGGUGGACACCACUCUACUGGGCUUUGAGCACAUGACCUGGUUAAAGGGCCACCGCAGCUACAUCUUCAAGGGUGGAGAGAGUGGUGCGGUGGUGAUGGAAGUGGACCAUGACAAACAGGUGGUGUACACAGAGCCACUGUCCCUCUCUCCCCGUGAUGCCUCCUCUCUGCUGGAUGCCAUGCUGCCCUCACAGGAGAAUACCGCACAGAGGCUCACCUCUCCCAUUGUGUCUACACACCUCAACACACGCAACAUUGCCUUUGAGAGGAAUAAGUCUGGCAUCUGGGGCUGGCGCUCUGAGAAGAGCGAGGUUGUCAGUGGAUACGAAGCCAAGGUUUACAGUGCCAGUAAUGUGGAGUUGGUGACACGGUCUCGAACAGAGCAUCUAUCAGACCAAGACAAGUCUAGAUGUAAAGGCUCCAAGACGCCUCUGCAGUCAUUUCUGGGUAUAGCAGAGCAGCAUGUCGCACAGAAUGGAAGUCAAGUGUCCCAAUGUGCGAGUCCGCAUAAUCCCACGGCCAUCACAGCAGAGGAAUACUUUGACCCAGAGUUUGCUCUGAAUGACAGAGACAUAGGACGACCUGUGGAGCUCACCAGCAAAGUGCAAAAAUUUAAGGCCACCCUUUGGUUGAGUGAAGCACAUCCCCUCUCAUUGGCUGAGCAGGUGACACCCAUCAUUGACCUCAUGGCAAUCUCCAACGCUCACUUUGCCAAACUUCGCGACUUCAUCACCUUGCGCCUUCCGCCAGGCUUCCCAGUGAAGAUAGAGAUUCCCCUGUUCCAUGUGCUGAAUGCUCGCGUGACCUUCAGUAACCUCUGUGGCUGUGAUGAGCCUGUCAGCUCUGUCACUGUACUUUCACCACCUGCAACUGAUGAUGCUGGCCAAACGCCCCCUCCCCUCCACUGUGAAGUGGACCCAUCUGUGUUCGAGCCUCCCGCAGACUACACUACGCUUGGACCAGGCCGCAGCGAGCCAAUGAGAGACGAGGAUGACAACCUGCUGCAGUUUGCCAUCCAGCAGAGUUUACUGGACGCUGGGACAGAGAGUGACCAGGUGACCAUAUGGGAGGCCUUGACCAACACCCGCCCCGGCUCCCAGCCGCCCCUCUAUGAGGACGACUCUCAGCUGGAGCGAGCCAUCCAGGAGUCUCUCUCCCUGUCUCUGAGUGGGGAAGAAGGAGGGGAGGCGACAGACCCUGCACUUCCAGAGUCCGGCUCGCCCACACACCCCUCCCUCAACUCCCCGCCCUCGUACUCCUCGCUGACCGAGCCCAGGGUGCCGGGAGCCUUCGCGAUGGGAAGCAGCUUUGACGAGCAGCUACGCAUCGCCAUGGAGCUCUCGUGCCGGGAGCAGGACGAGCUCGACAGGAAGAGGAGGGAGGAAGAGGAGGAGCUGGAGAGGAUACUACAGCUGUCACUCACCGAGAAGUAACAGUGAUAAGCACACCAAGGGAGUAGGUGUGUGGGGUGAAUCAAGGGUUAAUUUAUUUGCACUUUUACUUUUUCUUGUUAAAUUAUUAUUUCCCCUUCAUUCCAACUAUUUUACAAAAAAAAUAACAUGGUACCAGAUGGGUUUGAAGAAGUGGCAAAAGAUGGACAGAAAGAAGGUGGAGAUUAUGGAUUAUGGGAGUAAGGACAGAAAUAAAUGAGAAAAAAAACAGUGGAAUUAUGGCAUCCCUUCUGUUAUCCACUAUCCUGCUGUCAUCAUUUUGAGUCUACAAAACGUCAAGCUUUAAAUGGAUAAAGAUAAAGAUAAAACUGAUGAAUAUAAUUAUGGAUAAAAUGAGUAAUUCUAAUGUUUGAAAUGGAGUCAUGGUGGCUCACAUGAAUAUGACACGAAAAAUGAAUCUAUUAAAUGUUCUUGAAACA